GGCUGCACCUGUUCAGGCCCUGCUGGAGGCAGUGACCAGCUGGGAAGUGGUCUGAGCAGGUGGAGGGGAACCAGGGGCCACUGUAGGCAGGUGGAGACAGAGCCCAGGGGUGACCUCGGACGUGGCCAGGCACAUGUUCCUGUGCCCUCUGUGCACACAAGUCACUGUGGGGCGGCCAGGCCCUCACCAGAGGCGGGCUACAGCAAGGGGCAGGGGGGCUUGUCUGGGCCACCAGACCUGGCUCCCACCGCCGGGCCACCCCCAUGCCCUCCCCGAGGAUGGUGCAGGGCAAAAGCAAACAGGGGCUACCACCCUGCCAGGCAUUCCUAGAAGAGGCUGGAGGCGGGGCAGUGGCGAGACACCAGUGCCCCGGGGUCACGGGAGAGGCAGGGACAGGCCUGGCCCUGGACAGCACCCUUGGCCUGGAUCCCAAAUAGCUGCUUCCACCCAGGCUUUAGGGAACCCCCGGGAGGAGGUGGACAGCUAGGCAGGGCACGGGGAAGGGGUGGUAGCCCCUGAGCCCCAUGUAGCUGUCUGUUCAGGCCAGGGGUGGGGUCAGGACCCCAGGAGCUGCCUGGGGGGCCCCUGUCCACAACAGGAGCUGGUAAAGCCCUGGGCUCCCCAAAGCAGCCCGAGCCCCAGCCCCUCCCAGGCUGCUCCAAGGGGCCCCCACUCCUGCCCCGCUGCUCAGCCUUCCCCAGUCAGCCCUGCAGGGGGCCCGGGUACUGGCCAUCAGCCCCCAGAGCCCCACCACAGCCCACCACGGGCCCCGACGGAAGCUCCCUCACCCACUGCACUGUCUGUACCCCAGGGCUUGGGGCAGAUGCCAGGUGCCCGGCAGGAGGGGGUUAACAGAGUUGGGGCCAGCUGGGCUGGGCCAGCCAGGUGACAGGCGCAGGCUGCCCCACAGUGGGGAAAUCCAGAGGGCAGGGUUGGCCAGCGCGGCAGACGCACCCUCCCUCGCUGCUACCUGUGGCCUGCCCUGCACUCGGGAUGGCCCUGAGGAAAGGAGACCUGGCCCUGGCGCUGCUGCUGUCCUGGGUGGUACUGGGCCCCUGCAGCCUGGAGGGAGCAGAGCCCGGAACACCGGGGGACCCCGAGGGCCCAGCGUGCCCGGCCGCCUGUGUUUGCAGCUAUGACGGCGACGCAGAGGAGCUGAGUGUCUUCUGCAGCUCCAGGAACCUCACACGCCUGCCAGACGGCAUCCCGGGCGGCACCCAGGCCCUGUGGCUGGACGGGAACAACCUGUCAUCCAUCCCCCCGGCGGCCUUCCAGAACCUCUCUAGCCUGGGCUUCCUCAACCUGCAGGGUGGCCUGCUGGGCAGCCUGGAGCCGCAGGCGCUGCUGGGCCUGCAGAACCUGUGCCACCUGCACCUGGAGCGGAACCAGCUGCGCAGCCUGGCUGUGGGCACGUUUGCGCACACGCCCGCGCUGGCCACGCUCGGCCUCAGCAACAACCGCCUGAGCCGGCUGGAGGACGGGCUCUUCGAGGGCCUCGGCAGCCUCUGGGACCUCAACCUCGGCUGGAACGGCCUGGCCGUGCUCCCCGACGCGGCGUUCCGUGGCCUGGGCGGCCUGCGCGAGCUGGUGCUGGCGGGCAACAGGCUGGCCUACCUGCAGCCUGCGCUCUUCAGCGGCCUGGCCGAGCUCCGGGAGCUGGACCUGAGCAGGAACGCGCUGCGGGCCAUCAAGGCCAACGUGUUCGCGCAGCUGCCCCGGCUCCAGAAGCUCUACCUGGACCGCAACCUCAUCGCCGCCGUGGCCCCCGGCGCCUUCCUGGGCCUGAAGGCGCUGCGCUGGCUGGACCUGUCCCACAACCGCGUGGCCGGGCUCCUGGAGGACACGUUCCCCGGCCUGCUGGGCCUGCGCGUGCUGCGGCUGUCCCACAACGCCAUCGCCGGCCUGCGGCCCCGCACGUUCAGGGACCUGCACUCCCUGGAGGAGCUGCAGCUGGGCCACAACCGCAUCCGCCAGCUGGCCGAGCGCAGCUUCGAGGGCCUGGGCCAGCUCGAGGUGCUCACGCUGGACCACAACCAGCUGCAGGAGCUCAAGGCGGGCGCCUUCCUCGGCCUCGCCAACGUGGCGGUCAUGAAACUCUCCGGAAACUGUCUCCGGAACCUUCCCGAGCAGGUGUUCCGGGGCCUGGGCAAGCUGCACAGCCUGCACCUGGAGGGCAGCUGCCUGGGCCGCGUCCGCCCGCACACGUUCGCCGGCCUCUCGGGGCUGCGCCGGCUCUUCCUCAAGGACAACGGCCUCGAGGGCAUUGAAGAGCAGAGCCUGUGGGGGCUGGCGGAGCUGCAGGAGCUGGACCUCACCGCCAACCGGCUCACGCACCUGCCCCCGCGGCUCUUCCAGGGCCUGGGCAAGCUGGAGUACCUGCUGCUGUCCCACAACCGCCUGGUGGAGCUGCCGGCGGACGCCCUGGGCCCCCUGCAGCGGGUCUUCUGGCUGGACGUCUCGCACAACCGCCUGGAGGCACUGCCCGACGGCCUCCUGGCACCACUGGGGCAGCUGCGCUACCUCAGCCUCAGGAACAAUUCCCUGCGGACCUUCACGCCGCAGCCCCCUGGCCUGGAGCUCCUGUGGCUGCAGGGGAACCCCUGGGACUGCCACUGCCCCCUUAAGGCGCUACGGGACUUCGCCCUGCAGAACCCCCGCGCUGUGCCCCGCUUUGUCCGGGCCGUCUGUGAGGGAGACGACUGCCAGCCCCCCACAUACACCUACAACAACAUCACCUGCGCCAGCCCGCCCGAGGUCACCGGCCUCGACCUGCGGGAUCUCAGUGAGGCCCACUUCAUGCCCUGCUGACCGGGGCCCCUCGCGUGGCUUACCCUGUGCAGGGGACAGGUCCUCUGCGUCCUCGGGGCCUGGCAGAUAUCCGGCCCCGUGCUGUGCCCUUGCUGAAAGACAGAAGGGCCUGACUGGGGUGGGAGGCGCGGCAGCCUUCCCCCGGUGUUAUCAAUUAAAGGCAAACACAGUUGAAUCUAA